UGCAUCUCGGAGACCGUCGAAAAUCUUGUCCGAAGUCCAACAAGUUCCUUUGGAAAAGUGGAUAAACGGUGCACGCACUUUGGCUUGGCGAAGCAUGGCAACCACACAAGAAAAUAAAGAGCUGCUACCCGAAGAUGUUGGCACGGAUGACUGCCUGACCUCCUACACACACAUUUACAGUCCUGAUCUGCUCAAGGACCAGCUUGCUUUUAUCACGGGUGGUGGAUCUGGAAUUGGACUCAGAAUUGCUGAAAUAUUUAUGAGACAUGGCUGUGAUACAGUUAUUGCUAGCCGGAAUCUGGACAAAUUAAAAGAGGCUGCUCAAAAGCUGUCUGCUGCUACUGGACGGCGCUGCCUCCCUCUGUGUCUUGAUGUAAGGAAACCUGAGAGCAUCACGGCUGCAGUAGACGAGACACUCAAAGAGUUUGGCCGAAUAGACAUCCUCAUUAACAAUGCUGCUGGAAACUUCCUUUGUCCUGCAACAUCACUGUCCUUCAAUGCCUUCAAAACUGUGCUGGAGAUUGACACCAUGGGCACAUUCAACACCAGCAAAGUGGUUUAUGAGAAGUGGUUCAAGGAUCAUGGAGGCAAUAUUGUCAAUAUUUCUGCUACUCUUGGCUACAGAGGACAGGCACUCCAGGUGCAUGCUGGCUCUGCCAAGGCUGCAAAUGAUGCAAUGACAAAACAUCUGGCUGUGGAGUGGGGUCCAAGUGGAGUCAGAGUGAAUGCUGUAGCUCCUGGUCCUAUCUCUGGCACAGAGGGCUUCCGUAGACUUGGUGGACCAAGAGGUGAAUCUGCUGGUGCUUUCCAAUCUAUUCCCCUUCAGCGUGCAGGCAACAAGACUGAGAUGGCCCACUGCACUCUGUUCCUGGCCAGCCGUGCUUCUUCUUAUGUGACAGGAGCUAUUGUGGUUGCAGAUGGUGGCGCAUGGCUCUCUUCACCCAAUGACUUUGCCAUGCUUCUCGGUUAUUGGUCAUCUGAAAAAGAACAAAGACCAGUCAAAUCUGAAAAGAAAUAGUUUACUAAUUUGAAUAUACAGUUUAUGUUAUGUACCUUAUUUCUUGACUUUAGAGGUGCUUUUUUUGCUGAAGACAUGAAACACCACAUCAACACACUACCAAAAAGUUUAAUGUUUAUGAAAUUAUAAUUUCUACAGCAUUGUUAAACAUUAUUGUAAUUUUGACAU